CAUUGCCCACGUCCGAUGCGAAGGCAUCUCGCGAGGGUGCGUGGAAACCGAGGCGCGGGGACGCGCGCGUAACGAGGAACUAAUAGUGCCGCCGAAUGGCAUCCUCGACGAUCGUCAUGGACCCUCGUUUCAGCUGACGAAGAUACAUAGGAAGGCACAAAGAUCUACGUGGAGGACGUCCUACAAAGUGCGCGCGCAUCCUUUAGGGACACUGUCGCAAGGUGUAAGCACGAUGCAGCCAGACGAGGAGAUUCAGUAUGCGCCAAGGAGCCGGCCAGUGAGCUUUUACGACAAUUACAAGGACGUGCCGGUGAUGCCGCCUUGCGUCACUUCCGCUAUGAGCGUGGGCAAUUUAAACCAGGUUCGUGACGACAAGGGCACGUCCGCCGUGUCUCAGGGCAACAUUAACAACAACAUCAACGGUGGCAACAGCAUCCACAACAACAACAACAAUAAUAGAGUCAGCAACGCCAUCAGCGUCGGCAACGUGUCGAAGAUCCCCAUUGUCAAAGUCACUGGUGCGGUCUCGACCGGGAACAUCGGCCGGAUCUGCCGCGGCGACAAGGAGAAGGAGCUCGGCCGGGCGCCGUCGAUGGCCAACUGCUUGUCGACCACGGUCCCCGUCAAUCUGGCUGCUUCGCAAAUAGCCGGCAGACACACGCCCACGAGAAAUUCUCUAAGGCACAGCAGGAUGAUCGUGAUGCACCGGACCGGCCACCGUUCUGAGAAAUUUCUGCCCCCUUUGGUCUAUUAUCGACGAACGGCGCAAUGCUUGGCCGCGUUGCAAGUCAUCCUCGGAAUCGCAGUGAUUGUCCUGUCGUUAUGGCUGCUGGUAUGGACACCCAAUCUGCCCGUCAUCAACAAUCCGUAUUGGAGCGGCAUACUUCUUCUACUGUCGGGCAGCUUCGGGAUCAGUCUUCUAUGUUGCUUCAAGAAAGAAUACCCAAAUAUGAGACCUGGGAUCUGCCUUUCCACCAUCAAGACGAUCAGUGUGUUUUUGGCGAUUCUGGCGACCGUUACUUGUAUGAUCGCGUGCAUAUUUUCCGCGAUGCACUUGACGCGUCUCAUGGAGCUGGAAUGCACUCCAGCACGAGUUCUGAAUGCCACGUGCGUGUGCAGGCCGCGCGGCGCACCGCCUGAUUCAUUCGAAGGUGCAGUCAGAUACGUGGACCUUAAUUGUCCCGAUGUGGAAGGUAUCUUGACGAUUCUCCUCAUCUUCUCGUCCGCUUGCAACGGACUGAGCACUUUGGUGGCGGGAUGGUACACUUACCUCCAUUGGAGCACGCGGCAGAAGCGGCCGCAGUACAGGCAGGUCAGGACCAACGCCGUUUACACGAACAACCCGCUCAAUAGUAGGCCGAUCUACAAAUCGAGCCCGGCGGAACGAUGACGGCCGCAGAUGGACGCCGUACGGUCGAGGUGCUUCCGUUUUUUGUCGUGAUUCCGUCAGUGUCUUCCGUGAAAUUCGUGAAGUGGCCGAUUACUUUGUACAUAUGAGGAAAACCGUACGACCGAACUAUCGCGCGCUCAAACGCGUCUUGACGCCGCGUUAAUUCGCCAUCGGCGAAAGAAAAAAAAGACGAUGUCGUUCCGAUAGAGAUAGAUAUCAGUUAAUCACACACAAACGUACACAUACAUCAUGUCCAUAAUUAUUCCUCAUCCAGGCAAUAACACGAUUGUUACGAUGGAGAAGUUAAAGGAACCUUACAGCACUUUAUAUAUGAUUAUUUCGACAGAAAAGUGGAUAAAAAGGAACGAACAAAGGACUAGAUCAUUAUGUAAAAGAAGAUAAUAAUUUCAUUAUUAUACGUGGAAAUGUGAUUCAAUGAAUACCGAGAGACUAAAGUCGAUGUGCAUAAUCGGAGAAUAUUCGAGGAAAUGUAAAUACGUAUCGUUAUCACCCCCUCUUUCCUCUCCGCCGCUGAUAUUACCAUUAAAAUGGAACAAAAGGGAUCACUACGAUAGACCGACAUAGACAUCUUAAUGCUCAUUAUAUAUAAUUAAUGUUAACUCUUUUUUUUUUUUUACGUGGAGGCCCAGUAUUCAUCUAAAUGUAAUGUGUGUAUUUAUGUAUGCGUGCGUCUGACAGUGCGUUGUCUUCUAACGUGAGAGAAAUUUUCGACUAGCGAAUGAAAAUGUGUGACACAUUCACUUAUACAAAGAAUAAAGUACGUGAAGCAAAAUAACGUCAAACGAGACUUGUCAUGUACCACCUGUGAGAAAUAAACCCGAUCGUUACUCAAAAUAUCGAAAUUAAAAAUUUAUGCGACCUAUGUUUCCGGUAUGAAGGAGCAAAAAGGAAAGAAAGAUAUACCAAUGUCUCAGUUACGAAAUUCUAUUUGUUUUUACGACUAAUGUGCGAUUUUGUUUUAUUUAACGAAUUCUAUUGCCUGCGUAGUAGUGUACAUUGGAUGCAAAUUAUAGUACACACCUUAUGUCGUGUCAGAGUGUCACACUAACCUAAUGAGUUUCACACUAACCUAAUGUAACACUGACUUUGUAUUCGAACAUACAAAACAAAUUGAAGGAGUGUAAAGUUUAUUACACGGCCA